CACCAAAGCAGCACGAAUGAAGUUCAAGUUCUUAAUUAGGCUUCACAUACUCUACAUCAUCUCCUCAAAAUUUAUAUCAUUUCAUAUGUUCGAUCUUGUUUUCAUGUGACUCUCUCCUCUUCUCUACCGUGAGUCUCUUCAAUUUCCUAACCCUUUGUUAACGAUCAUAUAUACCUUGUUUCUCGCCGUACUAUUUCAUCCCAAAUUUUACUUUUACCACUUGCGAUAAUAUAUCAUGAAGUCUCUUCUUCUCCUUGCCUUUUUCCUCUCUUUCUUCUUUGGCUCUCUCUUGGCUAGGCAUUUACCAACAUCCUCCCAUCCAAGUCAUCAUCAUGUAGGAAUGACCGGGGCAUUGAAGCGUCAGAGGAGGAGGCCGGACACGGUGCAGGUGGCUGGGUCUAGGUUGCCAGAUUGCUCACACGCGUGUGGCUCGUGUUCUCCAUGCCGUCUUGUGAUGGUUAGCUUUGUGUGUGCAUCCGUCGAAGAGGCUGAGACUUGUCCAAUGGCUUAUAAAUGCAUGUGCAACAAUAAGUCCUACCCUGUCCCUUGAUCAGCCUCUUCUACACUUAUUCUAUGCAUUCAACCGUUUUGUUUUCCUUUUGCUUCUCCGGGACAUGACCAUGUGUACGUAUACAAUGCAUCUUUAAUUAGUUUCUUUCUUAUUAUUAAUAGGAAUCUUAAACACAGUUUGAUCCGAGAUUAAUUAAUCAGAAAAUAUAUGGAUAUCAAAAAAUGAAAGCCACUCACCUAUUUGGGCUCUCUCGCUGUAUUAUGGUCCAUGAGGCCGUAUUUAAGACAGCAACAACAAAAGUUGUAGACAGAAUUAUAUUUAAAAGGCAACAACAAAAGUACGUAUACGUUGUUAC